AAAUCCGCACAAGUUUUUAUCAUUUUACGUUCUGUUAAAUCCCAAAGUAUUUAUGCGCAAAUAAGCAACAGACACCAAAUCAGGUUAAAAUUUUCCAUUUUUGUACGACAAGUAUCUUGCAAUUUUCUGUUGACAAUCUCCCGAUGCGUGUUCAAACGGAUGCCACCAGCAUUCGCGUGGUGCCGGGAAAUAAGUUGCUUUUCUCUAUCGGAAAUGAAUUGAAUUUAUUGUUCCUGUCAGAGGAUGGAUCCACUCGGAAAAGCUCGCUCCGGGUGCCGGAAGUAACAGACAAAAUUCGAGGCAUUGACUUCAGACAAGAACGCUCAAAUUAUGUUGCAGAUGGAAGUCUGCUGGUGCUGUUUCAUGCCGGCUACCGGUUGUUCUCUGUUCUCUUAAAUCAAGACAACACAUUCUCCGAAUGUAGCCAUAUACCAAUAAAAUGCAACAUGACAUCUGACAUGUUAUUUUUCCCGAGCAGUUUGUCUGGUGAAGACGUGUUGCUGAUGCACUCUCGCGACCGUAUUGACGAUUGGAUCAGUUGCAGUCGACUCAUGUCAGAUGGGUCUACUAUCUGCCUCAUUACGGCCCAUGGAGUUGCCAUCCGACUCACCAGGUUACAAUGCGGCGCCUGGUUCAUCGAUAACCGCAGCAUUUGUAAGGAUCGGUCGACCUUGUACUGUUCGACGAUCGUGGGAGAUCGAUGGGCCGAUUUGAUGUUUCUAAGCGGAACGGCAUUGGGCCUACUGGUGGUUUGGAACGUGCUCGGACAUACCUUGUGCAGCUUAUCGGCUCACAAUGGAGUUAUCUUCAGCAUUCAAUGUGAUUUGGAGCUCGGAAUGCUUGUGACUACGUCCGAUGAUCGCUCGGUAAAGUUUUGGACCAUGCGAGCUCACAAUGAUUCGCAGCUUGAACUUCACGAAAAAAAAUAUUGCUUUGGUCAUACGGCCAGGGUGUUUCAUAGCCAGAUCGUGCGAGAAGGCGAUAUAGUCGUAGUUGUUUCUAUUGGAGAGGAUUCCAACAUUUGCCUAUGGAGCUUGGAUGGUGAAUUAAUAACAAAGAAACGUAUGGAAGAUGGUUCAACUAUUUGGAACUUAGACUAUGAUUCGCAAUCCCAGACCGUUUUCACCUGUGCAAGCAAUGGGAACAUCGGUAAAUUUAUCAUAGCCGAAUAUCUUUGCCAAACGAGUCGGGUUCUAUUCGAAGAUAUAAGUCCAGCGAUUGGUAAUGAAUAUCUGAGUAAAGUGAAGUUUUUAGCAAACGAUAUGAUGGUAGCUGUGACUAAUCUAAACAGAAUUAUUCUGUUCAGCGAAUCGAAAAUAUUGGCCUCUUAUACAAUCACUUUCAAAUGCAGCAUACUGGACACAUUUGAAAGUCGAAUUUUUGUCGCAGGCGACAGUUUUCUCAGUGUAUUGGCGUUAAACGAAAAAUGCAAUACUAUAAGUCUAGUCGAAAAUCUUGAAUUGAGCUUUGUCUCUGAUCAAUCAACUUCAACCGGUUCCCCAGUAAAGUUCAGUAUAAUACGUUCCCUGCAUUGUUGUAGAUCCAAUGACUUGAUACUUUGCGAUAAUAACGGUCGAUGCUUAGUGUAUGAUUUACAAACACUGAAAAUCAAAUCAUCACAUCAACUGCCAAAAUCCGCUGAACGAUGGCUUACAUCUGUAUAUUGUACCGAAAAUCAUCUCCUACUAGCGGAUCGAAACGGUAACCUUUUUCUAUUUAAUAGGGGAAGUCCAGAACCAAUCCAUAAACUAUCCCAUCUGCAUGGGAAACUUGGAAUUACUCAAAUAAAGCAUCAAGAAUCAACACCCAGUGGACAAUUCCUGAUUACUUCCGGUCACGAUGGACAACUGAAAACCAUCUUCCUUCACAAUGUCAAGCAAACGCUGCAACUGUUUAGCUCCCAAAAAACGCCUAUUAGCUGGAUUGAUCGAAUUGAUAAUGGCUUGAUUAUGGGUUUCAACGAUUCACAUUUCGUCGUGGCAAAUGGACAAGAAAUACUGUUCCAAGUAAACUGCGGCGGAGGUCAUCGAUAUUGGGACUGCCGGUGGCCAUCGCGAUUGAUUUUCAUUCAGCACAAAAGACUACGGCAGGUUAAACUGCCGAUGGCGAUUUCGGGGCACGGUGGCUGUGAUCUGCUAACGAUACCUCGGUUCGGUUGGUAUGCCAAGGCGUGCAAUGAUGCAGAAGUGGUCGAGUGGAGCGAUAACGUUCGAUUGAUUAUUUCCGGUGGCGAAGAUAAUAUCAUUCGUGUAGAUCGGCUAGCAACAAGUGGGGACAGAGUGGAGAUGGUACCCGGUAUCCAAAUCCAUAGCCACAUAUCCAGCAUCAAAGCAUUGCUUUGCAUGGAGCACCCAUGUGAAAGAGGAAAGUUGUUACUCAUCUCCGCCGGAGGACGUGCUCAGCUCUGCAUUACAACUCUUGACAUGCUAACGAUGCGCUCAAAGGAAGUACUUCGCUAUAUGCUUCACGCCUCGGACUCUGAACGAUCCCGGUGGCGCACGAAUCGCAACGUCGCAUUCGAUCCCGAAACACGGUUCAUGUGUGUAACUGCAGUUUCAACAGCGCCACAGGAGCUCAAAUUAUUUGUCGGCUGUUCGGAUGGUUUUUUGCGCCAAUUUUCAUUGUCAGCGGAAAACGAUGGUUCUUACAAUCUGCACCCAACUGACGAAGUUUACUACGGAAAGUGUUUUCUUCGCCUAGCGAAGCUUAUGAUUUCUGGGAGAUCAGUGAUUCUAACGAUGGCCACUGAUGGUUUGAUUUGUUUUUGGGAUGCCGAAAACGCGAAGAAACCUUUGUACCAGGUGGAGCAUCAUAAGAGUGGCAUCAAUUCGUUCGAUAUUUGGCAACUACCUAAGGAAGGCGGAUUUCUGUUGGCCACGGGUGGUGAUGAUCAAUCUGUGGUUGUAAGCAAAAUUAACCUUAAAGCAAACGAAUUCGGGUUCUGUACAGAAAACCAACUUAGAUGGGAGGGCGCCCAUAGUGCUCAAGUUACCGGGAUUAAAUUCGCCGGACCGAGUUCUCUCUGGAGUACGAGUGUUGACCAAACCGUUCAACUUUGGUGCUUCGAAGGGUUCCAAAAGAUGACUACAUUGAAACGGCUAGUGACUUGCGUGGCUGAUAUCAAGGGCCUCGUAGUGUUGCCCAGUGGACCACCCACCGCUUUUGUUUACGGGUGUGGUUUCGAAUUCCUGGAUUUGGACGAAGAGUCUUGAAGGCGAAACGAAUGUAAAUUUAUUAAGUUAUCCAAGUUUUGAAUUAUUGUGUCUUUUUUCGGGUAUGGCCCCGUGAUGGACAACUUAGUCAUUCAUAUGCAUUUACUAGAUAUGAAAUAAAAGUUAUUUUUGAAGCAUAU